AUGCAGCGAUAUAUCGUGAGGUCUUCUACCUCUUACGUCCCUAGGCUGACUCGAGCUUUCGCACAAAAGGCCCAGUCUGAAAUUAAGGGUGACGAGAAAUUUAAUGUCGCACCGGCAUUCCCAGAUGACUUUGAAGACUCACCUUUGAAGUCUGAGAUUCUUGAGAAGCGAAACCGGGAGCAGGGGAUUAAGGACGCUGACCACCCCAACAUCUACGAGAUAUACGAAAGUAUUCAAGGAAAGCCGCCGCAGCCCUUCAAGAGUGCGAAGAAGACAGACAAGCCCGCUCCGAAGAAGCCGGAUCCUGCUGGAGAGGAGCGAGAGCCUGAGAUUGAUGAAAUGUAA